AUGUUUCUAACAUCUAUACUUGGUGCCAGAUUUAUUCAGAAUUCAUCGUUACUUAAUAUCAUUUCAACAAUUGUUUCUAAUAUUUCAAUUUCUGAAUGUAAAUACGGUGAAGAUAAUCCAAAAUAUGAUAUUAUUCAGGCUGUGAUCCGUUUCAUAUUGGCUCAAGAUCGGACGAAUAAGGAUAAUUGUGUAUUACGACAUAUUCUGGUCCCGGUAUGCUGUUAUCAACAAGAAUCCAAAAUGUUGAUCAUUUCAAAAAUUAAUCAUCCAAUAACAUCAAUCUUGACAUCGACAACAACAACAUCAACAACAACACCGAAGCCAGUUUUGACAACAUCGAAAUCAAUCCAAACAUCAUCGAAACCAAUCCAAACAUCAUUGAAACCAAUUCAAUCAACAUCGAAACCAAUCCAAAUAACAACAUCUAAAUCAAUUCGAACUACAUCAAAACCAUUCCGAACAACUUUAUCGAAAUCAUUCCGAACAACAGUGAAACCAAAAUUGGGUCAACCAAUAUUUAAAUUUUCGACAAUGAAUCCAAAAGAUAUUGAUAUAACAUCAACUAUGAAAUCAAUUUUUAAAAUUAAAUCUAAUGAUCAUGUUAAUCGUGAAAAAAAGAAUCGAAUUUGUAAUGGCGAAAAAUCAAAUGGGGGUAAUCCAACAAAUCAAUCAGAUUUUGGAAAGAAAUAG